GCCGCCUAAGCUAAAGUAAAGGCAAGUCUGGCUUUCAAAAGAUUUCAAAAGCCAAGAAAGGCUCCUAAUUUCACCUAUAUAUUCUCACCCACCUUCGCCUCCUAAUCAAACUCAUACAACUCCUUCACAAACCUCUCCAAUACUAUUCUACUCUAGUUGAAAAUGGCAACAGUGAGGGUUCCAUCUCAAUGCAUGUUGAGAACUGCACCCAAAAGUCAGCUCACUAGUGCCAUUAUCAAGAGUCCAAGGUCUCUAGGAUCAGUAAGGAGCAUCUCCAAGUCCAAGGGCUUGAAAUGCUCGCAAAACUUCAAAGCAUCGAUGGCAGUGUACAAAGUGAAGCUGAUUGGACCAGAUGGCGAAGUGAAUGAAUUUGAAGCCGCUGAUGAUACAUAUAUUCUUGAUGCAGCUGAGGAAGCUGGAGUUGAGCUUCCUUACUCGUGCAGAGCUGGGGCUUGCUCCACUUGUGCAGGGAAAUUGAAGUCAGGCUCAGUGGAUCAGUCUGAUGGUUCGUUCCUGGAUGAUAAUCAAAUGGAGGAGGGUUAUGUGCUGACCUGCGUUUCCUAUCCGACUGCGGAUUGUGUGAUUCAGACACACAUGGAGAGUGAACUUUGCUGAAUGUUGUUGCAGUGAGAAUUCACUAGGUGGUGAAAUAUUUUCUGUAACAUUAUUAGGGUGAAGGUUUUUUGGACCUCUCCUAAUUUUUAUAAUCUGUAUGCUGGUGGAAUUAGCUAAAUUAGAUCUAAAACUGUUUUUUUUUUC